CCUGUUGCGACCCUCCUGUGCAGUAGGUGGCGCUACGGGUAGGUUCCUGUAGGUGUCAGCUCUGCUACAUGUGUCAUUGACAUCAACAGAGGCACAAUGAGGCUGACCGCUCUGCUGUCGAUGGCAGCCAGGGUCAUUGUGCCCAAAGAUUAUCGUUACGGCACCAACAGGCCUUGGACCGCCGCUGCUAAAAGGUUAAAUCCACCGGGGAAGAGGAGGAGGAAGGUGUUUGUUGAGCCGAUAGCGCCAGAGGAGUGGUCUGUGCUCAAAGGGGACACGGUUGAGAUUCUGAAAGGCAAUGACAUUGGAAAGCAGGGGAAAGUUAUCCAAGUCUUCAGACGCAGAAACUGGGUCAUCCUGGAGGGACUGAACACACAUCACAGGUAUAUUGGAAAAACUGCAGAUUACCGUGGGACGUACAUUACCAGUGAGGCUCCCAUCCUGGUCCGCGAUGUUGCCCUCGUUGACCCCUCAGACAGGAAGCCCACUGAGGUCGAGUGGAGGUACACAGAAGAGGGUGAGAGAGUCCGAGUGUCGCUCAGGACGGGGAGAAUCAUCCCGAAACCAGUUGUGGAGCGACGAGAUGGCAUUGUGCCGCAGCAGUGGAAAGAUGGACCUAAAGAUACCAGUCCCGAAGAUGCUCUUGAAAAGACAUACAUACCAUCUCUGAAAACCCUGGAGGAGGAGGUCAUGGAGAAACUCGGUAUCCAGGAGAACAGGAGGCACCGAACGUCCUACUGGUACUGACCAGCCAAAUCAGAGACGCUUAGCCUCCCCUUUGUGCUGACCAGUUUUCACAGGAACUCUGGACAUACCUUGUUCUGGAGUUGAGCAGAAGGUCAGGUCAAACAGAGACUGUGAAGAUACCAAGUGGAGGCUGUACGGACUCUUAACAUACUGCUGCACCAUGAAAAUGAUUAAGGAAAUGAUCUGUAAACAAUAUGAGGAAGUGAAAUCAGACUGCAGUUCACGAAGGUGUCACUUUGUUUUUUUUAUAGUGUUGUGAAUAAAUAUCAGACUAGAGUGUUUGCAUUUUCAUGUGGAAAAUCACAGUCACGGGGUGCAAAGUUUAAAGAUUUCAUACAAAAACCCCCAGGGGAUCCACGACUGAUAGCAAAAGUUUAUCUAUCCAGGUAUGCUUUUGCUGCAUUGUCAGUGUGUUUGGGUCCCUGUAGACACUCACUGUUGUCCUGCUUUUCUGACGUCCUCCAUACAUAUUGAUUUGAACCAAAACUUUUGAUUUCCUAAGACCUGUUGCCAUUAAUUUCGGUCCAGUUCUUGUGUAAGUUGGCAUAGCCUUUUCUUUUCUUGCUGUUUCCCUUCUAUCUGGUGAGGCUUCAGUGAACAAUAGAUUGAUAAACUGAAUGGCCAAGAGCUAAGUUGUUUAUGUGUAGAGUCCACACUAGUUUGAUCCCUUGAGUCAGAUGCCUUUUUAUCCUUGAAUGAUUCACAGGUCAGUGUUAAGUAGCUCAACAACAAAAAAAACACUUCUCUGAAAAUGAUUAUAUACAAGGACUGAACUGAAAAUGAGUGAAAAAUCAGACAAUGUCCAAAGAAAAACAUUGAAAGACUUUUGGAAAGCCUGGAGAACUGUUUCUCAAGACCACUUUAAAAAAUGUCAAAAUCUGGCUACCUAAAAGAAGAAACGAUGGGUAGCUGAAGACUUUUGCACUUUUCUCUGUUCCCCUCGUACACGAUUAUGCUGACAUGGCUACAGAACAUAAAAUCACAUAAAACCAGGGAGUUUGGUGUUGAGCGAUUGGGUUAAGAAAAUCGCCUCCUUCAUGGAAAUGGCUAGUCAUCACCAGAACAUUUGGCACUGGUGCAAAUUUCUAUUAUUUGCCAAUAAAAAACUUUGAAACUUC